AUGGGCUCGCAAAACAGUUCAGCACCAUUAUCAGCAUUAAGCUUUGUUAUUUCGAUGCUGUUUUUAUGCGGAGCCUUUUGUGAUGAGCCCAGCAAACUACAUCGAAAACUAACGGCUACACUAAACCCGGGUUGCAAGGAUCAGUGCGAAAAUGAUCCGUCCAUCACGCUGGUGCACAUUGCAGCGGAGUCGGACACGGACACGAUUCACUACGUGUGGGAUUUUACGAGUAAACCCACCAUCCUGGUUGCACUUACAAGCAAGCAUGCCCAAUUCCAGAUUAAUUGGUCGCAAUUUAUGGACGUUACCCCACAGUCGGUACAGUUCAGCGAAGUACCGCAGUACACUUUUUUGGCGAUUAUAAAUCGGAUUUUCCAGUACGAUGAUAGUGAUGACCGUGCUGUUUUGAACGAGAGCUCAAACGCAUUCGUUUACGAUCCACACAAUUUCACCUGGAAUCGCAGCCUGCUUUGGUCGAAUGAAAAGGAUGUGAUGAUGGCAAUUAAUGCUGGCGAAAAUUUUCUGUUCAAGCUUAAUGCAUAUUCAACUAAGGAUCAUGGGAUGAACUUUCCCCAUCUAUUGCAUUCAUCCAAUUCAACCCAAAUCGACAUCGUGUUCAACAACAUUACGAACCGAUUCGUACAUCCCCGAUUUGCCGUCGAGCUACUGUUUGUUGUAUCGGAGCAGGCUGUGGUGGGUUCGGAGUUCGAGGUCACCAAACGCAAAACCCUUGACGACGAACAUACACCCGGGAUUUUUGAAAUCAUUGACGUACUGUCACCUGGAGCUUUCACGUUUUCUGCUGGUGGUUACAUCGAAUACCGUCCGGUAUCGUACACUCACCCGGAGCGUGAUGUUGCCACGUCGACGGAAACCCGCCAAAGUCAACCAGUCACUGUGCAAUAUCCGUCUGCGGCCCUCAACACGACUCUUGCCUACGCAUUGUAUGGCACAAGACUGGACAGCUUUCUCGUGCAAGGCAUGAACGUUUCAUUCGGUGUCAGCGAGGAUGGGUUCUAUCGAAAGACGAACUAUACCACCAUGACGUUCCAGGUUGGUUACGGUAUGCCUCCGGUUGAGGAGCUGUCCGCCUUCGUCCUUAUUGUGGCUGGUAUCGGCAUCGGUAUACCGCUGGUUGUGCUGGUAGCAAGCGUGAUUUAUGUAUGUGCGAAAAAACUUCGCAAUCAGGACCGGUUUCAGCAACAGCGUCUCUAGGAUGUGUUGUUUGUCUGGUUCGUUUAGCAAAGCUCUUGCAUUCCGUGGUUCUCUCGCACAAAUGUGCAACACGAUAACGAGUCCAUCCCCUUGAAAUAACACCAAACACACGUGAAUUGGUAGAACACGUUGAUGCACCACAACACGGUGUGUCAGUGGCCACCAGUUUGUUUUGCCUUCACUAAAUGAAAGUAUGUAGCUGUGUUAAUCUAAUAAAAUAGUUUAAUUUUGUAGCAAAAUUUACCAAAUAACCGGUGGGA